CCUCCACGCAGCCAGCAGCCAGUGCGGUCCGUGCACCCGGUGGUCGCAUCUCGGAUUGUCCUGUUUCACUUCUUUCCACUUUCCGUCCAACUAAAGGAUUUCUUUUUCUUUUUUUCUUUUUUUUUCCUCUUCAGUCAGAAAACAAGAGGACUAAAGAGGUGACAUCUGACCAGAGUUCCUCAACCAUUCAUUGUUCUACAAAAAUGACCGAGGUGGCGCAGGUGGCGGCCGUUGUCGCCCACGACGUCGACGACGUCACAAACAAAAGCGAACGCAACGUGAGCGAUGUGGAAAACAAGGAGCAAGACCUGACCCGCGGCGAAGACGAUGUGGAGGUCGGCGACGACGACGACGCGGCCGAGGAGGACCUGGAGGGCAAAGAGCGCCUCGACGCGAGCGGCGAAGAAAGCGACGAGGCCGACGAGUCGCGCGUGAACGGUGUGAAUCACAAAGGGGACUCAGACGCUUUAAGUGGCGGAGGACAGGACGCAGAGACAAAGGAGGACGAAGACGCUGACACGCGAGAAGGCCUCAGCAUGUCUGACCUGCAACUUAAGAAAGAGAAACUCCUCCGAUCCAGAAAGCACGUGGCCAGAAGCUACGUGCCGAAGCAGAACAAAGGCAAGGGGGACGUGACGGGCAAGUUCGAGGCCAUGCAGAAGGCCCGAGAGGAGCGCAGCAGGCAGAGGAACACGGAGGAGCAGCAGAAGAGGAAGGAACAAUACGUCAAGGAGAGAGAGUGGGGUCGCAGGAAGCAGCAGAUAAAGGAACUGCUCGCUUCCAGCGAUGAGGAAGAAGAGGUGAAGCCAGCAAAGGUAGAAAAGUCCUACGUCCCUAAAAUCACAGGUAGUGUGAAGGGGAAGUUUGCAGUAAUGGAAAAACAAAGACAAGAGGAGGAAAGGAAGAGAAUGGAAGGAGAGAGGAAGAAAAGGGAAGCCCAGGACAACAUGGAAAAAGCCAAAAUAAAGAAAGAGCUGGCCAAGAAAGCUGCUGAGGAUGGAGAUGACACAAUCCAGGUACGGGUGGUUCCGGGUAAGUCAUCCCGACCACCAGGCAGAAUCAAGGUCAACUUUGAGGACAUGGAGAAGAAUCGGGAGGAGGAGGUGAAGAAGAAGGUAGAGGAAGAGAAGAAGAGGCGGUACGACGAAAACAAGCGCUCCUUCAGGGAUGCCAAGCGGCGCUCGGUGGUCGAACAGGAUGAAGAGGAGAAGCCUUCCGAGAGGAUGCAGGUGACUCCCGGAAAGCUGAAGAUGACAUUCGAGGAGCUGGAGAAGGAGAGGCAGGAGCACAAGAAGAAGCAGGCCGAGGGGGAGGCCAAGCGCCGCCUCCUAGACGAGAAGAAAGCGUUCGAGGAGGCCAGGCUGGGAAUGGGAGAAAACGAGGAGGGCACUCAGCCGGCGGAGGAAGACGCGGAGGAGUUCCGACCGGGAAAACUGAGGUUGAGCUUUGAGGAGCUGGAAAGGCAGAGGGUGGAGGAGGAGCGCAAGAAAGCAGAGGAGGAGUACAAGAGACGAAUGGAGGAGGAGAGGAGAGCUUUCGCUGAAGCCAGGAAGAGCAUGCUCGUAGAUGAGGACGACGAGGUGCUGAUGGCCUUAGUGAACCUGGAGGGCAGCAAGCCCGGGAAGAUAUGCGCCAGUUUUGAGGAUCUGGAACGCCAGAGAAGAGAGGAGGAGCAGAAGAAGGCAGAGGAGGAUGCCAAGAAGAGACUGGAGGAGGAGAAGAGGCUCUUUGCUGAGGCCCGCAAGAGCAUGGUACUAGAUGAGGAAGGAGAGAUGGUAAAGAGUGAAUCCCAGGAAACACUGCAUCCGAGAAAACUGGAGAUGAACUUUGAAGAGCUCCUGAAAGAGAAGGAAGAAGCUGAGAGGAGACGCAAGGCCGAGGAACGCAAAAAGAAAAUGGAGCAGGAGAAGCAGGAAUUUGAACAGCUCAGACAAGAGAUGGGCGAGGAUGAAGUGAAUGAAAGCUCAGAUGUUGUAAGCAAAGAGUACGAAGAACUGACCAAACUCAAGAGGACCGGCUCCAUCCAGGCCAAGAACCUCAAGUCCAAAUUUGAGAAGAUCAAGCAGCUGACGGACGAGGACAUUCAGAAAAAGAUUGACAUGGAGAGAGCACGGAGGAAGGCCGUUGAUGAUGAAAUCAAAGAGAGAGAAACUGAGAGAUUCCAGGAGGAGGAUGGGGAACAAGAAACCACUACAUUGAAGGCCGAGGAGUCACCAUUCAAACAGAAGGUGGACAUGAAAGCCAGAUUUCAACAAAUGGCCAAUGCCAGAGAGGAAGAGGAGAGGAGGAGGAUAGAAGAGCAGAAGCUGCAGAGGAUGCAGUUUGAGCAGCAAGAAAUUGAUGCUGCCCUCCAAAAGAAGAAAGACGAUGACGUGGAGGAGGAGGGUAGCAUCAUCAACGGCUCGGCGGCCUAUGAAGACGAGGAGGACCACGCCAGGUCGGGGGCUCCGUGGUUUAAAAAGCCUCUUAAAAAUCAAUCCGUGGUGGACUCGGAGCCGGUUCGGUUCACCGUUAAGAUCACAGGGGAGCCCAAGCCGGAGGUGACCUGGUGGUUCGAGGGAGAGAUGCUGCAGGAUUGCGAGGACUAUCAGUACAUAGAGAGAGGGGAGACGUACUGCCUCUACCUGCCGGAGACCUUCCCAGAAGACGAGGGAGAGUACAUGUGCAAGGCUGUGAACAGCAGAGGCACAGCAGCGAGUACCUGCAUCCUCACAGUAGAAACUUAUGACUACUGAUGCCCCUUCCGUGUUCUGGAAACUUUCCCUGUUGUCUCUCUCUCUCUCCUUUUGUAAAACUUCAUCCCUCGUGGUAUGUUCAAACAGCAGAGGGAAGGAAAUGGCAGUAUGCUUGGCAUUCCUAAGGGAGGGAUACACAACACACACACACACACACACAAAUGCAACAUGUUGUUUACGUUUGUAAAGCUGCACUCCCUGCAGAGUAGAACGAUACUUGUGCCAAAAAAAGAUUGUUGUUCCCGUGCUAUCUUACCAGCUAUUUAAGUAUCAUAUUACUGUAUUGUAAAUAUCACACUUUAUAGUCCAUACAUGGCUACGGUUAUGGUUGAGGCAUUGAAAUAUGAACAGUAAGAUGUUCUUGUGUACUGAUCUUACAGGAAUAUCAGUAAAACAUCGUGCUUCGGUAUUCUACCACUGCUCCACUACAGUUUUCAGAACUCUUUGCCAUAUCAGUAACUCGUGUUGUGAUACUUGCCUGCUUCAUAUGAAGGAGUAACAUCAGCUAAUUGGAAAACGGAAGUGAAUUGACAAUUAUAUUGCAGGAACAAAAAAAUGUGUGUGUACGUCCUGUCUUCAAAUGGAAGUUUUUAGGACAAGAUUAAAUAUUUUUAAACUGCAUGAUCAUAAAAAAAUGUUGAUUUUUCAUGUUCGAACCCCCUUUUUUUCUCUUUAAGUGAAAUAUAAUGCUCUUGAUACAUCUAUCAUAUUUCAGUUAACAAUAGGUAACUGUUUCAUGGUUCAAUAAUAGAAGAAUAAACAUAGGCUAGCUUGAAAAUGUGUCAUAUAUUAUAAAUAAAUGUUGAACAAAA